AUGCAGUCUUGGUUGUUGUUCCGAAAGCGACGGAGUCAGUCGUCUCGGCGGCCGCCAUGCGGGAAGGAUUGCGGGGCGACAGCGGGUGAGGCGUUGUGCAUCGGUAAGGCAGACCCGUACUGUGUGGUGGAGAUUGUGAACGACGAAGGACUCUCAUAUCGGCUCGGACGCACACCCGUUAUACCCCACGAUCAUUACCCGAAAUGGCGGAAGGAGUUCUCGACGAUCUUGGACAUCGAGUCAAACGCGCGACUGCUAAUAAAAGUACUUGACUCGGACAUGAACGAAAGUACUAACGUCGAUGUCCUCGGCCAAGCCAGCUUCCCCCUCCGAGACAUCAUCAUGUCUCCCCCUAAAGCUAUUCGACUCUCGCUUUCCAUCAAACACCCCGGCAUGCGCAUUCCCCGCUCUGUCGGGGCGCCUAGACGACACACCAUUCAUGGCGCUAGCAGCAGCGUUCAACGCGGCAGCCGCCGGACCCUCAGGGCCACCAUCGGCGGCGGCAGCACCCUGGGACCUGGAAGUGGGGGACCUGGAAGUGGGGGACCUGGAAGUCAGCAAGUCGGAAGUGAGGGACCUGGAAGUCAACAAGUCGGGAGUUUGACAGCCGGGAGUCUGAGAACUGGCCUGGGAGCUGGCGGCCUAGGAGGCGGUAGCUCUGAAUUCGAGGACUCAGAAGCGGCGCCACGGCCCGCGGGGUACUGCAGCAGUUUCAACAGUAGCUUCCGAAACAGCGAUAGUGGUGGCGCAGGCGGGAAGUCGGGGAGCUGCAUGUCGCGUGUCAAGGUUGAGUUCCGUUGGUACGACAUGAGCAAAGACCUGCACACUACGGACCUGAACGUGCCACAGACAUACUUCCGUCGUUCGCAUGGGAACCUGGUCCGGCUGUACCACGACGCCGAGUGUCUUGAGGGCCAGUUCGAAGAUAUCGAGACGGAGCUGGGUCCUUUCCACGCGCACUCCACGUGGAACGACAUUAGCGAGGCACUCGAGAAUGCGCAGCACUUCAUCUUCGUCGCCGGCUGGUCAGUUAACCCCUCCAUUUCGCUAACACGGUCCCACAAACCCGUUGAACGGUCGCCGCUCGGCCGCAAGGCAGCCUCGGCCGUAGAACGCAAUGGCGGGGGAGAACGCUCUGGAGGGGUAGACCGAUCCGGAGAGAGGUCCCGACAGAAGUCAGGAGAGAAGUCAGGAGAGAAGUCCGACAAGGCGAGAAUGGACAAGGCGGGGAUGACCAAGCCGGGG